CCACCGCCCGGUGGUUGCCGUGAUAUCCGGCCCGGAAAUCGAUGGAUCUCCGGCGAAUGAACCCUAAAAGCGCUACUAAGCCUGCAACGUUGCACCGCCAGGUCCUACGUAUCGCCUGAGGGCGGAGACCAUUAUCAAUUUCUGGAAAAACUUUUACCCGUCAUUUACUAGAUGCAGGUCCAUUUCGCAACCCGAAUCCGAUUUUCAAACCCGUUCUCGAACCCUAAGUCCAGUCCGUUUCGAUACGCGUCCCUCACCAUCUUCAAGCUCGAUCCUUUCCCCCACCAGAUCACCAGCGUGCACCGCAGUUCCAUGAAAAUGGCGAAAACUACUCACUCCAAUCCAAAGCGACCCGUUUGCCCGUCCUGCUCCAAGCCCGUGCGCACGUGCCUCUGCACUCGGAUCCUAUCUCCGGGUCUGGAUCACCCCGUGAGGGUCACCGUUCUCCAGCACAGCCUGGAACGGAAGCACCCUCUCAAUUCCACUCGAAUCUUGAGGCUAGGGCUCAAGAACGUCGCCGUUGCUACCGUUUCCGACGUCAACUUCGGCGCAAAGUUUUCGAUUUCGCUGCUCGAGCGAGACUCCGAAAUCAGCGCCGAUGGAUUGGUUGGUGUGGAUUUGGGUGUCCAAAACAGGGAGCAAUCUGGAGUGGAGGUGGAAAACCCUAAUUCGGUCGAAUCGAAUGGAGCUUAUUGUCCUGGGGAUAAUAGGAACCGCGGUUUGACUGCACCAAACAAUUUGGAAGUUUCGAUGGAUUCCCAGGUGCUGCAGAACUCACGCUCAUGUGGAGUCGUGUCUAGAGGUGCUAGCAAACCCGUUAUCAGUUUUCGAAUUGGCAAGAAGGGCAUUAUCAAAUCGAUAGACGACAUUUGGAUGUCUCGAAUCAGUCAUCAAGGAGCUGAUUUUGAUGCCAUAUUAGAUUGUCAGCCCGCUCGUGAUGUUCUGUCGAAUGGAUUUGUGGUUAGGAAAUUGCAAAACCUUGUAUUGAAUCCGAGCUCGAAGCUAGAAGAAUAUGAGGAAUUUGCACUCGAGGUGCCGCGCGGGUCGGUGCUUCUUUUCCCGACCGAGAAUGCACUCAGCAUUGACGAACUCAAGGCAGCUGAGUUCGAAGUCAGGAACUUGAUUGUGCUGGAUGGCACAUGGAUGAAGGCGAAGAGAAUGUACAGUGAGAAUCCUUGGUUGAAGCUGAUGCCUCAUUUGAAGUUGGAUUUGGAGGUGAUGAGCUUGUACGGAGAAGUUAGAAGUCAGCCUAAGGCUGGAUGUUUGUCCACCCUCGAGAGUGUCAUUUACACGAUGAAGGCAGUUGGGAACAGUCCGGAGGGGCUGGAUCAAUUGUUAGAUGUCUUCAAGUCCAUGGUCGAUGACCAGAGACGAUGUAAAGAUGAAAGAUUGGGUAAAUCGACUUCAGACAGGAUCAAACUUUAAGGGCUCUGGGAAGAUGCUCUCAUCCAUGUGUGUCAUGUUUGAUGCCUAGAAGAUCUAAAUCACACAUUAAAUUCCAAAAGUAUAUUAAUCGACUGGUUUCACAGAGAGAAUAAAUAGCUAGUGCAAACUUUUGAAGAGAUAGGAAAAGUUAUUAGCAUCCUUACUUGCCAGCCUUUAGGAAUGAGGUAUCCACCGAAGUCAAUAUCCUUUACGGCUACCCUGAAGCCAGCAAAAACUGGCGGAACCAUCCUCAGAGCUUCCAUCGCUACUCUUCAUGUGUACUUCAUCCUGGCAAGGUCUUCCCGAGUUAAAGGUUCCCCUGAAGUCUUGCUUUUUGCUGUAUCUUCUUGUUCUGCAAAAGCAAACCAAACUUAUGACUUGGAGCAAUAAGGGGGAAGGUACAUGCUUCUACCUUUGUUAUUAAAGUUGACAUCUGACUUUGGAAACUCCGACAAGUUUAUGUAUUGAUUUUUCUUACAUUUUGUCAAGCCAUCCAUUAUCCAUCAGCAAGAUAGAGAUCAUUAAUCAUCCUUACGCAGCUGGGUUCAUAGUUCAAGAGUGAACUAGGUUUGAACAAAUUUUUUUUCGUUUUGUUUCAACUCUCCUUCCUUUUUGUGCUGCAGGAAUCUCUGGGCAGAUUCGAAAAAUCUAAAAAGAUGCCAGGAAUAGAGGAUGUUUACCUUGAAGUACUGCUUUAUAAACAGCAGGAUUCUUAGAUAGAAGACGCAGCAUGAAAGUCAUGGGAACCGAUGAGGUAUCAUGUCCAGCAACCAUGACAAGCAUGAUAUUGUGGAGAAUUUCCUCGUCAGUCACAACUCGUUUAUUUUCUUCAUCGCGUUUACUUAACAGGCAUGUGAUCAAGUCUUGAUGAGGAGUUGCAAUGUGCUGCUCUAGUUUCGCUUUCUUCUCUGGUCUAAGUUCCUUCCAACAGAUCUUUGACCCUGGAGCUUGCACGUAGGCUCCUACUGUAGCGCGUGAACAGAAGCUUUACUGGUAUUGACCACAUUCCCUCUAUCAUUUCUUGAAAAUUUUGCAAGAAUUUCUCUCUUUCAGCUCAUUCCUCCAUACCGAAGAGAAGAGAGCAUAUAAUGUUGAAUGUAAGGUUUUUCAUCAGGGGCAAUGCCUAUAGCAAAAUCAAAACACUAGUGUUAUUUACUCUUCUUUUGUUUAUGCGCAUUCCAGUCUAUGCAUUCAUUCUCAUAGUCAAUACAUGCAGAGCCAUACAAGUGGGAACACCAGCUAUAUGAGAGAAUGAGUGCAUACACCAUACGUACCUUGAACUUUUUAUGUAUAUAGUAUAUCUCAAACAGAUCAAAGCAACGGUGGGAGUUCUACAGAAUAUCGACAUACCACAACUUUUUCCUUGCCCUGCCAGUGCAACUCGAUGUGCUUUCUGACUUCUUCAUUCAUUUUCCCCACGUACUGCUUCAGGGAUUCUGGUGGCAAGAACGACACCAGAGAGUCUCUCACCCGUUUGUGAUCUUGGCCACUGAGCUCCAUCAGAUUGAGGUCUCCCAGAAUCGCGCGGAUGGAUGAUGGUUGCUUGUUGGCAAUCUUGCUGCUAUCUCCGCAGAAUACAAGCUUGUUUGCUGUUUGUCCAUGAUUGAACACCAUCGGUUUGCCUAAUAGGGACAGCUUCGAGAUCAGUCCAUAUUUCCUCACUCUUUCUUGGAGCCAUUCUUCCCCCUUGUUUGUCCUCAUGGCUUGGAGCAGGCCCAAGCUUUGGCCUAUUAUGGGUAUCCCCAGUGAUCCUGGAGGUAGCUUUCUUGAUGAUUCUCUUCUUCUCCAGCUUAACAGAAAGAGAACUGGUAGGAGAAAGCGAAGAAGGGUGAUCAAAAGGUUCAUUGUUGCGGCUGAGUGGAUGUGUGUGUCUGUGUGUGUGGGUGAGUGAUGAGGGGGAAUCAAGAGAAUUACAUCUCCCCAUCUUUGUCAGCUUCUGAACUAGUGCUUUAGGUGGCAGAAACCUUCUUGAACGUGGGAUCAGGAUAACUGUGUAGAAAACGCAUCAGCUUUGAUACA